UUGAUGCUGUUGCUGAUGCUGUUGCCCGGUGCCUGUAUCCGUGCAGCCAGACGGGGGUAACCGUAGUCACCGGUCCACCAUCAGCAGCAGAGAAGACAAGGACAGAGGGGGACUGAGAAGGAUCUUCAGCAUCCCUGGAGAGUUACAUACGCAGUGAGAAGAUGACUCUGGCAGCCUACAAAGAGAAGGUCAAAGAGCUCCCCCUGGUGUCUCUAUUCUGUGCCUGCCUGAACCCACAGACUGCAGAAAAACCUACAUACAAGGCAGAAGAUGCGGUGGACCUGGGCUGGUGCGUCAUCAAAGACGUGGAGGUGAUCGAGCUGAACAAGCGGGCAUCAGGCCAGGCCUUCGAGGUCAUCCUCAAGCCCCCGUCCUUUGACGGCGUGCCAGACCUCAACACCUCCAUGCCGCAGCGCCGCGACCCGUCCCUGGAGGAGAUCCAGAAGAAGCUGGAGGCUGCCGAGGAGAGGCGGAAGUGCCAGGAGGCCGAGCUGCUGAAGCACCUGGCGGAGAAGAGGGAGCACGAGCGUGAGGUGAUCCAGAAGGCCUUUGAGGAGAACAACAACUUCAUCAAGCACGCCAAGGAGAAGCUCGAGCAGAAGAUGGAGGCCAACAAGGAGAACAGGGAGGCCCUGCUGGCUGCCAUGCUGGAGAGGCUGCAGGAGAAGGACAAACACGCGGAAGAAGUGAGGAAGAACAAGGAGAUGAAGGAGGAAGCCUGCCGGUAGAUGAGUGGAACCGGGGACGAAGAGAGAGAAAGAGCAGGACUGGGAGUUUUUUGAGUCAGUAUAAAAAUAAAAAAUGGAAAUGAAAACAGUGCAGGAAAGAAAAAAAAAGAACUUAAAAACAACUCGAAUAAAAGGGAAAAGGCAAGUUUUCAUAUUUGAUGUAUGCUGUAACGAUUCUGAACAAGCUGUAAAAAGUUUAGCCAACUCUUGAUGUUGAAAUUCAAAGAGAAAUCUUUCUCUUUUUUCUAAAGGGAAGUGGGCAGGGGGGUGGGGUGGCAUCAAAACAAACAAUUAAAUCUUUUUAAAGAGGGUCUGCAGUGGUGGUUAGGCAAGCAAUGAACACUGCAUCAAGGCGAGAGGAGGUACAAAGCUAAAUCACAGCUCUCUCAUUUCUGCAGUUUCUUCAGCCAGAAAGCAGGAAAUUAUAACUGCCUGCAUGAUAUUUGAGCAGCGUUAACUGAGCUGUGCUUUUAUGCUGUUGGUUGUAUCAGAAAUUGUCACUGAAUGCUACCAAUUUGGCAGCAACACAGCCAAUUACACUGUUUCUUUCAUAUUAGGCUGUAACUAUGGAGCAGGGAGUUGUAAUAUAAAUUUUUACCUCAUGAAACAUGAAUAAAAGGUGUGAUGUGCUUGAAAAAAAACAAAGAUGUAGUCACAUUAAGUACAAAUCAAAGCUAAGAGUCUUCUCCAGUCUCUGAUUUACAGGAUUAUUACCAGUUAAUACACAUAUACAGAACGGAACACUCAAGCUUCUGCUGUUUCCGAGUUAAGAAUAAAAAUUGAUUUCCCUAGCUCCACCGCUCUCAUGGUAAUUCUUCACUGCGCCAUUUUUGGGACCGUUCGGGCCUAUCUGGGGACGUCUGCGUGUGCUAAACUAUGGUUUAUGAAUAUAAAAUGAAGCUUUUGUUUCUACUGUGCUCUAGGCAGGGGAGUAAAAGAAAAAAAAAGCUUGAACAGGGAUGACGCUCUGCUGUAUUCUGCCACUUUCAGGCUGUUUGUGAAACUUUAACUGUAGUGUAGUUGUAGAUCAGUGACAUGCAUUUGAGUCCCUUAGAUUUAGAGCACUGAUUGCACUCUUGUUUCAUUAAGCACAACUCAAAAGCACAUAUGCAUACAUGAAGGAUGAGGAAUAUAUACAGCAUAAACAAUAACAUCACAAGGAGGCAGUGGUGAGUGGCUAGUUCAGAAUUUGGACUUUUUGGUGACAUUUGGUUUUGAAAGGAUGAGUUUGGGGUUUUGUGGCUAAGGAGCAGUCUCCCUUUGCUUUGGCAUGUGUCACUGUGCUCUGAUUGUCAGUUUAUGAUUUUCAAGGGAAAUUUAAACCUAAAAGAGUAAACAGAACGAUGAAAUUUGCUCGAGUUGUUGAGUCAUACUGACUUGAUUGAAAUGUCUAAAAUGUUUGCACUGUAGCAGGGGAGUCGUAACAUGGGGUUUGUACUCGCUGUAACUGUGUGUUGUGUAUAUCUUCAAGGCUGGAUUGAUUGUAUCUAUUUGGCAUGGUCAGUAAAAACAGCUUGACUGAA